AUAUAAACCGCGGAGGACUUGGAGGGGGGGGGGCAUAUCUAGCAUAGUUGCGUCGGCUGGUCGGAAAGGAAACAAAUAGAAACGACUGGUUGGGUGGUUUUCUUCUUCUUCGCUUGCCUUCACUCAAUCUCAUCUCUUCAUCUUUCUUCUCAUCCGAUUUUGAUCAAUUUUUGUCAAUUGUUUAAGCAAAGAUGUCCUUCGCCAGUUUCCUCUCCUCUCCCACCGUCCGGAUCGUCCUCCCACCGCCCGCUCACUCGGACUCCGAAGAGCGUCUCUACACCGUGCACCGCAGCGUGCUGAAGGCGCACACAAACCUGCUCUCCAACACCAAGCCGCGGGAAACACUAUGUGUCCUUCCCAACACCACCUCAGCCAUCGCCUUCGAGGGCGUCCUUGAGUACCUCUACACGGGCACCUACAACCUCCCGGAUGAGCACGAAGUGCUCGAGACCGUAGAGAACACCAAGCCCUCACCCGUGGUGCAAGCGGCCAUGCUCGGCGCCAUAGGGGUCUGGGCCAAGCCCGCCGCAGUCCACGACGACAAAUCGCAGCGCAACAUCUCCAGCUACUCGAGCACCUUGUUCCCGACGCUGCGGAACGCCUACGACGCGCCGACCGUGCUAGCCGUGCAGCCGUCGCUGCUGCCGUCGCCGCCGCCCUCGCCCACAUUCGCCUCGCACGCCCCGGUCCUCAAGAAGAAGCAGGUAGUGAUCGUCAAGACGUCGACGCCGGCCAGCCGGCUCUCCGCGCACCUCGACAUCUACGCGCUGUCGCGGCGCUACGGAGUCCGCGCCCUCGCCGACAUCGCCCUCCACAAUAUCAAGACGGAGGUCGUCGCCACGCCGGCGAUCCUGCAUGAGCUGGUGCGCGUCGUCUAUGGCUCCAAGCAGAAGCAUGACGACCUGCGCGCGUUCGUCGUCGGCAUCGUGCAGGACCAUUGGGAGGCGCUGAAGGGAGAGAAUGUCUUCGCCGCGCUGCUGAAGGAGGGCGGUGAGUUCGUUGUUGAUGUUUUCUCGAGAGUGAAGAGCUUCUAAGACAUCCGGUGGUGGCAAGAGUUGGGAAAUGGUGUCGGUGUCGGUGUUGCGCCGGGCGUUGGUUUGGAUUAUUGCGCGUUUACUUGGAUGGGUUUGGUUUUGGAGGGCGCGGUGGAUAAGGAUUUGGAUAUGGACACGGAUAUGGAUAUGGAUAUGGAUGCAGAAUUCGGUCGGGGUUUGGAAUAGCGACUGAGGGAUUGAUACCUGGGGUAUGGGAUGGCUAUGAAUAUGGAUAUGGACUGUAUCGAUAUCUCGUAGCAAAUGUGCAGUUUUUUGAUUCACACCGUCA